AUGGGUUUCUCGGCUGUCGUGGGAAGGUUCCAGUCGCAGCUCUGGCCGGGACCGGGGCACAAAAAGACCAAAAAACGCGAGGCAGCGGAUCGGCGCUAUUUGCCUCGAACGGGCGCGGCAGGCGCCGUGCUGCGCUUCGUUCACAAUUCCCUCGCCGAUCGUUGGUGCGUGAUCGCCAAGCCUCCUGGCUGGGCCCUCGAGGCGGCGAACGGCAGGCCUUCUGUUCGCGCGGCGCUCCAACCGCUCUUGGACGCUGCAAUCGUUUCGCGUGCAUGCGCAAUUCAAACCGGCUUCUGGGAGGAGAGAGGAGCCUGCGCGCCUCGGCGUGGACGGGGAAAGGGGGCGACGCUUCUCGGCAAAGAACUGCGAGAAGCAGUGGAAGGCGAAAUGGAGGAACAAGAGGAAACGAAAGGCAUCUUCUUUCCCAUGCAGCUCGACGCAGACGCUCAGGGCCUUCUCCUCGUGGCAACAGACGACGCAAUGAAUCGGCACCUACGAGGCCUGCUGCUCGACGGCAGCAUUUGCAGGCAUUUUCGAGUGUUAGCGGAUUUGUCCAUCGCGGCGCCGGCUGCUGAGGACUUCGCCGUUCCACCAUCCACUUCAUCCCUUUCUUCGCCUUCUGCUGAGAUCUCGCGUUCGGUGGGAAGACGAAAGAGGAGCAGAAGCCAGUGUGAAGACGGCGAGGCGCAGAGGGGAGACGAAGGCGGCGCGCCUGAGUGGACAGCCGCCCUGCCCCGGUUCGCGUUUCCUCUCCGGUGGCGCUGGUCGCCGAUUGAACGGAUCUUGGCUUUUUCGCAUGCGGCGCGCGCGGCAACGGACCCGCGCGUGCAGUCGCGCGCUUCAGCCUGCGGGCAUCUCUCUGUCGCGCAAGAGCGGGCGAGUGCGGGGCGCGGAAAAGCGCCGGCGGCGAGGAGAGAUGGGACGCGGGGCAACAGCGAGGACGCGCAAGACGAACGGCGAAGCGAGAGGCUAGAGGGAGAGCGGGGAACGCGAGGCUUUUCAGCAGGCAGUCAAGAGAAAGAGACAGCAGGUCGAAGCGCAAAAGAAGACCGCCUUCAAGCGAGAGGAGACGCAGACGCGAAGGAGACAAACUGGGGGGACACAAAAUGGAACAAGGAAGACACAGGCCGACUGAAAGCCGAGCCACCAACAGAGGGGACGAAACAGGAAGUGACAUCGCACAAGAGAGGGGAGCGGACGAAUCUCUCUCGCGCUCCUGUCGCUUCUCUCGAAACAAAAGGCUUCACCUUGCCUGCUUCGACGGAAGUCCGGGGCUGUCUUCGCCUCUGGGACGCGCGAACAGGAGAACUGUGCAGACAGGGAAAACUGAAGACAUGCAUUUCUGCGAGACACGCCAAGUUGAGACUCAGAGACGUCCCUGAAGUGAACCAUCUGGAAACACCUACCGACCGUCUUCUCCGAGCGAUUCAGAAGGCGUGGUCGCGUCGCGCGAGCGACGAGGAAGGGACAGAGUGUCUCCAAAAGGAUGAAGCUGCCUCUCGCUUCCCCUUGCGGGCUUGCUCGUCUGGAGAUCGAGAAGGGCCUAUCGCAGACUUGAAGCGUCGCGAAAUUCUUCAGCUCCUGGAUGGGUCGUUCAUCCCCCACAGCUUGUCGGCAGUUCUCUCGCAAAACGCUCUCGCGCACUCUUCUUUUUUCGCUUCCUCUUCCUCGGCGAUCCUGUCUGACCACCACGACCUGCUGCCGAAGUGCGCCGCGUCCGAAGAGUACCGCCCUCACUUUGACAGGCGUCUGUUGCCGUCGCUGCGGCCUGUCGGCGCUUCGUGCUCUUCUCUCCAGACUGGCAGCUGUCUUGCGCGAACAAGCUUUCAGCUUCUGUCCAUAUGGCGUGCGAGAUUGCUUGACGGCAGAGUCCGUCUUCUCGGGCUCUACCGCGUGCAAACGCAAGAGCCGCCGAGGUCGCAUCAGAUAAGGGUUCACUUUAGUGAAGCGGGGUGUCCGGUCGUCAACGACGCGCUCUACCACCCGGCAUUCUCGACGGACUUCAGGCGCAAAGUUCUCGUCUCGUCUUUGUCUCUCGCACGAGACCCGGAGCAGAUCGGGGAGGGAGGGCGCGCCUUGUGCGCGUCUCGCGGCCUGCCCGCGGAUCCGUUUGGCCUGGAGGAUUCUGACGGAGAGGAUCGCGCAGGGCGAUUGUCGCCUUCUCCGUGUCUCGCUGGUACGCCUGCGGACGACGACGCUGGAAAUCUUCGGAGGUCGGCGGGACACUGUCUGGGGCCUGACGAAGAUGCCUCGAGCUUGAGCGAUAUCGCGAGAGGGCCGAUUGCAACGCUUCCGGUCGAUGCUCCUUUGCCCGCGUCACCGUUCUCUCCGUUCGUGGAAAACCGAGAAGGCCGUCUCUUUUUGUCGCCUGAAACACUGUCGCAAACGCAUCCGACCGGACUCGACGAGCAGACCGGGAUGUGUGCAUCGCUGGGCGUCCAGCUCUUUCGAUUGACCAUGAUCGAUCCGUUAAAACCGAGGGAUCGAGCGACUGAGGAGUUGAUUUUCGAGUUAGACAGUCCACCGGAAUGGGCGGGAGUACGUGAUGCCACCCAGCAAGAGGAACUGGAGUUGUGGGAGAAAGGAGGGGAAGAAUUGAUCGCGUCUGCUCAGGACAAACACGAAAUCGACGCGUUUUCCCCCUCGCUGGGCACGUCGCCGGCGCGCGAGCCUGCGAGGGAUUAA